UCCGGGCCCCCGGGCCCCCGGGCCCCCGGCCCCCCGACCAUGGAGGGCCUGUGGGGGUGGGCGCUGCUGCUGCUGGGGCUGCUGCUCGUGCUCAUGGAGCUCAGCCCCACCGUCAAGUUCCAGGUGAAGAUCGUCUUCUACUGCCUGCUCUGCCUGCUGGCCUCCGGAGCCGCCUCCCUCCUCUGCCUCCUCAAGCACCGCGGAAGGACCGUCAACAACAUGAGUAUCAUCAAGAGGUUUGUCCAGACCUUCAAGUAUAUCUAUGGCCUGAAGUUUGAGCUGAAAGGCUUGGAGAAAUUUGAGACAGAAGGACCCUGUGUCAUCAUCUCCAACCACCAGAGCAUUCUGGACAUGAUGGGCCUGAUGGAGAUUCUCCCAGAUCGAUGCAUCCAGAUAGCUAAGAAGGAGCUGAUGUACAUGGGCACCGUGGGCCUGGUGAUGUAUCUUGGGGGCGUUAUCUUCAUCAACAGGAAGCGGACCAGCACCGCCAUGUCCGCUCUGACGGAGGUGGGCGACACCAUGGUGAAGGAGAAUCUGAAGGUGUGGAUUUACCCCGAGGGAACCCGGAAUGGAAAUGGAGACUUGUUGCCCUUCAAGAAAGGAGCCUUCCACCUGGCCAUUCACUCAAAGGUGCCAAUCAUCCCUGUGGUGUAUUCAUCUUACACUUCCUUUUACCGGCCAGAAACAAAGCUUUUCACAUCAGGGACGAUCAAGGUUGAAGUCCUCGACCCCAUCGAGACCAAAGGGAUGACGGCAGAGAACGUGCCUGAGCUCAUGGAGCGGUGCCACUCAAUCAUGCGGGAGAGCUUUUUCAGCCUAUCCAAUUUCCCGAACAAGGCCAAUGGGGCCCAUGGGACCACCCCUGCCCCAGCCCAGUAGCCUGGGCCCAUGUAUAAGGGAAGCAGGGCAGGAUGGGUGUGGGGAGGUGGGGGCUGAGACCAGGGGCUUCUCUGGAUAGCCAAAAGUUGAAGGCUAGCUUCUUAGCCCCUCCCGCUCCCACCAGUACUCCACCUCCAUCAAGGCAAGUGUCUUCCUCUGGCCUCCCACGGUUCCGUUAACAGAAGCCGCCCCUCCCCAGAUGGAAGGAUUUGACGCUGCCGUUGGCCAGCUCUGUCCUGUGUCUCACAAAGGUCCUGUUCUCCUCGCACCCUCAGUUUCCUUCCUCUGGUGUCUUUGGAUGCUGAGACGAUCCCUCCGGGGCUCAUUCUUUGCCUCUGUGAGGAAGCCCAGGUGGUGGACCCCCACCUCUCCCAGUCCUCCGCCAACACUGAGGCAGCAUUUCUCUCUUGGGGCGAGGCCCAUUCCAGGUGAAUGGAAAGAAGUUGUCUGUGUGUUUGUGUGUCUGUCAUUCACCCCCCACUCCACCUCCAGCACAAAUGAUGGCAUAAACAGAGCUUCCCGACCUCAUGCUCACUUCCUGGGGUUCUAGGUGUCAUAACCCCAGCCCUGGAACUGUUGAUCAGUCAGAAAACUGCACCUUGCCCUGAAGACUGGGGAGUGUUAGUGGACGCUCUUUGUGCCUCCCUCUUCCUCCCUCCUAGCCAUGGCCUUGAGCUGCCUCCUCUCCCUGCAGUCACCUCCCUGCAGGCUAGCACGCCACGUGGAGACAGACCACCCAGCUAACAGCAGUGGGGGAUGGGCUGGGGGUGGUGCUUCAGAGGCCUAAAUUUAGGCCCCUGCACACACUGUUCUUUCAGACACGCAGGCAGCGGGGCGUUGUGGUGGAUAAACAGAUCCUGUCCUGUGAGCGCCCAAGAGAGGAGGUAUGCACCAGCCCUUGGGCAACCUUGUCACUUGUCCCCCUUUCUGGCAGCUGGCACAGGCCAGAUGCCAGGCUAAACAGCCUCCCACAUCUUGUGGGAAGGGAGUGAACAACUUUGUUGUCAAGAGAGCUCAUCCACAGCCUGGUGGGAGUUUCCAGGAGAGAUCGAGGCAGAACUCAUACAAAGGGUAAAGGAGCAGGGUUAAGGGACAGUGGUGAGAGGAAAUGGAGAGCAAAUCUCGCCCCUCCCCAGAUCAUGGAAGGUGUGCCGGGGGGGGGGCGGGGCGGGGAGUUGUGUGUGUGUUUGUGUGUGUGAGUCUGAAAUGAGGUAGAUGUAGGAGUGGAGAAAGAGAGGAAUUACCUUAAAUAAACUGUGUUAGGGUUGGCAAUCAGCUUCCAUGCCAAAUCCAGUGACCAUGGGAGGUAGAGGGCACGGUCCAUACUCUGUGCUGUGGAAUAGGCCACUUGGCAGUUUCUGGAUGUGUUAAUGGCUGCUGGGGUGAAAGGAAGUGGCCCUAAACCUUAUUGAUUUAGCCGCAGCCUGUUGGUCCUCAGACUGAGUCCCCAGAGCCUGAGGUUGUCAGGCAACCAAGGGCUCAUGUUAGUAAUUGAAGAGAUGGCCCCAAAGCAGGGUUGCAGCCAUUAUGGGGUCAGGAGAGGUGAGGCAGGGUCAUUGAUGGGGCUGGGAUUAGAGCUUCCUUCCUCUUUCUCCUCCCCGCCCCGGCUCCAGAGCUCUGGGUAGCCUUCUCUUUUUGACUCCCAGCCCCUUCUGGAGAAAAAGCCAUGUGUUCAAAGUCCCCCCUCCUUAUCAGUAUUUACAGAUAAGAUAGAAAAUGUAUGUCAAUGUGGGCAUGCUCAAAGUUGAUUUGAAUUUGGGAAAUGGGGGGGGGGGUGGUGUGUGUGUGUGUGUGUGUACGUGUGUGAACUCCAAUCCAUAUUGUGCUGAAAAGGGACUUGGAAGAGGGUUGGUAGAUAUCUGGAAUCCCUUUUCCUUAGCAAGCAAGGAGGUAAAUCACAUCGCUAAGCUCCUGGUGGGAAAUCUGCUCCUAGCCUGGAAAAAGGGACAGGGGGUGGGUGGGGGUGGGAGCCUGCGGAGGGUCUGUUUGGCCAAAGACAAGCUGAAAGUGUUUGCUGUAAAAACUGAAUCUGAGUGCUUCUUCUGGAAAAGUGCCUCUGGACAUACUAAGGCAGCUGCCUUCUAUCGAGUUUUACUUCUGUUAAAAAUGUAUAUUUGAUCAAACUUGCACAAUUUUUUUAUAAAGGAAUUAAAUAAUG